AUGGUGAGGGGACGAGAUGUAAGCAACUAUCGUAAUCUUCAUGGAAAGAUAUCACAAAAUGUAUUAGCAGCUUGUAAGUGCCCCAAGAUAAGUACUUAUUUUUUAAAUGAUUCAAAGCUACUAAGUGAUGCUUUAUCAAGGAGGAACGGACUUAAAGUGCCCCAAGGUCGUGGUAAUGACCCUCAAAGUGAAAAUGAAUUGUUCUAUAUCUUUGCCAUGCAUCCUGGCGAAAUGUGA